AUGCAAUGGUGCAGCCACAUAAACAUUGCUCAAAAUUUGCGGGGUAUUCUCAUUCGAAUUGGAAGAUUCAAAUCACUGGAGCUACAUUACACAAAAGUUCACCUAAAGCCCAUAAAGCAGCUCUGGGAAGAUUUCGAUUCAAAACAACGUGCUAUUAAGCUUAAAAAUGAGAAGACUGAAGCUAAAAGGCUGUCAAGCCAUGAGUUUCAAUCAAGUUCUUCGACAAUUUCAUUCGCAAGUUGGUUGCCAAGCUUCUAUGAUGAGUUGAUUCUUUAUCUUGAGCAAGAGUGGAAGUGGUGUAUGGUUGCUUUUCCUGAGGAUUAUAAAACUCUUGUACCAAAGCUACUGAUCGAGACAAUGGAAACUAUUGGAGCAAGCUUUAUUUCACGUAUCAACCUUUCAAUUGGAGAAGUUGUUCCUGAAACAAGAGCUUUGGGAAAAGGUUUAUUAGAUAUUAUGUCUGGUGACAUGCUAAAGGGAAUUAAGAUUCAGAGGAAACAUUUGGAGGCAUUGAUUGAGUUACACAACGUGACACAGACUUUUGCUAGAAAUAUUCAGCAUUCCUUUUCAGAUUCUGAUCUUCGAGUUCUAAUGGAUACACUGAAGGUAGUGUACUCUCCCUUUGAAUCAUUUAAACAAAGGUAUGGACAGAUGGAGCGGGCCAUCCUUUCUUCUGAAAUUGCUGGGGUGGAUCUCAGGGGAGCUGUUACUCGUGGUGUGGGUGCCCAGGGGAUUGAACUCAGUGAAACAGUUCGCAGAAUGGAGGAAUCUAUUCCCCAUAUCAUUGUACUUCUUGAGGCAGCUGUAGAAAGGUGUAUCAACUUUACUGGUGGUUCUGAGGCAGAUGAACUAAUUCUUGCUCUUGAUGACAUAAUGUUUCAAUAUAUCUCUGCUUUACAAGAGACACUAAGAUCAUUAAGAGUGGUCUGUGGAGUAGACCAUGAUGGUGUUGGUUCAAAGAAAGAGAUGGGAUCAGACAAGAGAGAUGGCAACACUGCACGAUUGAUUUCAAAUGAGGAGGAAUGGUCCAUUGUUCAAGGGGCUUUGCAGAUCCUCACAGUUUCAGACUGAUGUGUUGUAAAUCAUUAAAGCAGAAAGGCAGAAAGAGACCAUGGCUUCUCU